AUGGCAUGCACACCAUUGCUUAGUGAAAACGAUUUAUAUUUAUUCCGAACAAAACAGUGUCUAAGAUUAGCUAAAGGUGGUUGUGAGUUUGGAGUUGAUAGAUGUCAAUAUAGUCAUAACACCCAAUGGAUAAGAAGGUGCCCAUAUUAUAUUUCCCUUCCAUCUUAUCUUCGAUAUAUUCCAUUUCCAUGUCCAUAUUUUAUUAAAAGUAAAGAAAUAGAUGAAAAUAAAAACAAAGAAGAAAACAAUAAAUAUAUAGAACGAGAAAAAGAAAUAUUACAAAAUUGUUUAUUUUUAACUAAUAAAGAUGGAAGUGUUAAUAACGAAUUUUAUAAAUAUAUUGAACAAACUAAUACUAAUAAAUGCCCUGCAGGUGUAGAAUGUCCAUUGGCUCAUAGUAUUGAGGAGAUUUAUUACCACCCUCUUGUUUAUAAAACAAACAAAUGUGAAAAUUAUAAACAUGGAAAUUGUAAUAAAUAUUAUUGUCCAAAUUUUCAUAAAUUAGCUGAACAAAGAAAAGUAAAAGAAUAUUUCAUUCCAUUUUCUUAUAAAAUUGAUAUACCAGAAUAUCCAAAUGUUACUAUUGUGGAUAAAAUUAUGUAUGGAUCAUUUAAGGGUCAAUCACAAAUUAAUAAUAAGAAGAAAAAGAAAUUACAGCAAAAUGAUAAUAAAUAUGUAUUGAAUUUUUCUGAUAGGAAAACUAGGAUUGAAUAUAAUAAUAACAACCAUAAUUGUAAUAAUACAAUUUAUAAUUAUCAAAGUAAAAACAGCAAAUGUAUUCCUUCAUUACAAAAUUAUACAAACAAUAUUAGUUAUAAUUGUGACUAUAAUAAAAAAGAAGAAUUCUCCAAAAUAAGUUAUGAUACAAACAAAAUUCGCAAUAAUCGAGUAGACAAAAAUGUCUAUUUGAAAUAUAACUCAGUCAAUAUACCAUAUGCUAAUGAAAAUAUAUCACACAUAAAUAAUACAAAAUAUAAUACUAUAUGUUAUCCUAAUAAUUCAUGUAUAUGUGAAAAUUCUUUAAAAAAUAAAAAACAAAAUUCAAUUUUUAGCUAUCUAAACAAUUGUGAUGAUAAAUUUACCUUAUAUGUACAUAUUUUACAAAAAUUUUCACAUUUAUUUGAUUUAAAUAUAUCAAAUGUGAAUUCGAAUACCCCAUUCGCAUUAAUUAACGCAUUAAAUAUUUCAGAUAAAAAUGUACAGAAUUUUGAUAAAAUCGAAAUAGAGAAUUCAGAAAAUCGAAAUAGUACAAGUUACUACGUUUGUACUAAUACUAAUGUGGACAAAAAAAAUUCUGACUGUGUUAAUGCGAAUAAUACAUUUCCCAAUAUUAACAAUAUGGAUAACAAAUUUGAAUCGACAAAAUUUUACACAAAUAGUGAUUACUCAGAAACGUACUAUAAACCAAUAAAAGAAAACAUAGAAAACAAUUCAAAAAGUAACACAUAUUAUAAUAUACUAAAUCAAAUAUUUAAAAAAAAUUUGCAAAUUACAAAAAAUAAAAUGGAAUAUUUAAACGAAAAAAAUAGCCCAAUAACAAAUACAUAUGAACGCAUUUUUAAAUAUGAUUCAAAAUAUGAUGGAAAUUUAGAUUCUUUUACAAAUUAUACAUAUAAAAAUAAGCUCGUUAAUGAAAACUGGGGAGAUAGUUACGAAGAUUUUAUAAAUAUACUAAGUCACAUUCUAUGUUUACUUUAUUUCACCACAAAUUCAAAAACACACCCAUCUUUUGAUGAAUAUGCCCAGCAGCUAGCCAAAAAUAUACAUAAUGAAAGCAUAAAAAUGAGGGACAUGUACAUGGGAAAAAUCGUAACCAAACCCAUAGAAGGAUUUAUUUAA